AUGGACCGCAACUACAGGCGAGACGAUCGACGGGACGACCGACGACCGAGAGAAGACACUAGAAAUCACAAGCCGAGAUUCGAGCAAAACCGAUCACGAUCACCCGCCCGACACGAUCGCCGCGACGACCGAAGACGGUCACCACCUGCACGAGGCCCGCCACCGCCACGAGGACCUGGAGGACCACCACAACGCUCAGACCAAGGCCGCGAGCCGCCCCGUAGACUGUCCGCAGCAGGCGGCGCACCACCACGAGGACCAGGUUUCAAGGGACCUCCGCGAGAGCCCUUUGAUGGCAGACAGAAUACUGCAGCCCCGAGGAGAGGUCCACGCGAGAUCAAAGACGAGGAUACGAAGAUGGACGGACCUUUCGAGGAUGAAGACUCAGAAGCGGAGAUGGCACGAGUGAUGGGAUUCAAAGCCUUCCGCACCACGCAGAAUACGAAAGUGCCCGGGAAUGACAAGAACUACGGCGUGCACAAGAACAAGAAGGCCGAGUACCGCCAGUACAUGAACAGAGUGGGUGGGUUCAAUAGGCCGCUCGAUGCGCUGCCUUGAGGUGGAUUGCAAUGUGGAGGAGUUUCGCUUUGAU